AUGAAGAAGUAUUCGAACCAUCCGAAAAAGUUCUUGUGUGAUGCCGCGUUCAAACUAAUUUCCGCGCAAUGCGGAAUAAUCUCUGAUUCUACGAUAGUUAGUUAUCUUGUUCUUUCUCUGCUGGCUAUUUUGGAUUUCGCGAAAUCACUUUGGACACUGUAUAAAAAACGAUUUUGUCCUUUAAACGUUUAAACGCGUUUAUGUCGGGUCCAAAGAAACUUUCGCGAAAUGCAAAAUUAUCUUUGUUUUUCAAAAAAUUGCAUAUCUUUUUCUUUGUAUUUCGAAUUUCACUGAAUCCCUUUGAACACGGUAUUAUAAAUUCAACAGCGAAAUCCGAAAAAAAAAGAAAUUAAAAAAAAAUUUUAAUUAAAAGAGCCGUGACGCGCCCGCUUCGCGCGUGAGUCCCAAAGCGAAGAGAGGUGGUGUAUAUAACAUGUGCCUUCAAAAUUUUGGAUCAACGAUUUCUCUAUCUAGUUUUUUUUAAAAUAAUGUCGUGUUCAAAAUGAUUCCGCGAAAUCAAAAUUAGCCGUCAAAGAAUAAAAAGUAACCGAGUUUCGGAGAAUCAGAGAUAAUUUCGUAUUUCACGGAAAUUUUUUAUAAUUUGAGAAUUAUUUGAUUAUUUAGUAUUUUUUGUUCUGUCAAUAGCAUAGAAAGUUAUUUCGCAUAUUGAAAAAUCAUUUUUCAGGAAGCGACCAUGCUUCUCAAAAAGUGCCUUCCAAAGGGUAGGCAGUUGACCAGAGUGUUCGCGCCUGAUAUACACAUGCAGCGAAGUUCUCACACAAUUUGGUACCCGGACGCAAAGUUUGAGCGCCAGUUCAAAGUUUUCAUAAAAUCUGUAACGAAAAUUUUAAGCUAUUCAAAUUACAGACCGGUGGAACUCUGGGGAAGUUAUGGAUGUCUGAGCGAACAACAGAAUACGACGAGCAAAUAGGACUGUCCAAAAUGGAAAAAUUGGCCUAUUCUGAGCCGGUAAUGAGCGAUAGCUACGGAUCAAAACAAAGGUACAAAGAGGAAACGUGAAAAGUUAAAUAUAAAAAAUUCCAGAGAAAAAAGUUUGGAAAACAUGAUUUUAAACUUCGGACCACAACAUCCAGCAGCACAUGGCGUACUCCGCUUGGUUCUGAAACUGGAAGGAGAAGUGAAGAAAAACUUCAGCUUGCGUAUGAUUUUCAGUUUCAGGUCAUUUUAGAAGCGAUUCCACACAUUGGAUUGCUGCAUAGAGCCACGGAGAAGCUCAUCGAACAUAAGACUUACACCCAAGUGCAAACUAAUGAAAAACCUAGAGUUUGAAUUAUUUCAAGGCCUUGCCGUACUUCGACCGUCUCGACUAUGUUUCAAUGAUGUGCAACGAGCAAGCCUGGUCUCUGGCCGUUGAAAAACUGUUGGGAAUAGAUAUUCCACCAAGGGCCAAAUAUAUUCGAAGUACAACUCAAAUUCAGAAAAUUUAAAUACUUGUGUGGGAAAAUGUUUAUAGCGUUCUUCGGUGAGUUGACGCGAAUUCAAAAUCAUAUCAUGGGAAUUACGACACAUGCGUUGGAUAUUGGUGCAAUGACGCCGUUUUUCUGGAUGUUUGAAGGUUGUUUUUUCUUUCAUUUUUUUUUUCUCAUUUUUUGAAUAGUUAAGAACGUGAAAAACUUUUCGAGUUUUCUGAACGAGUUUCCGGAGCUCGAAUGCACGCCAAUUAUGUCAGACCCGGCGGUGUCGCCUGGGAUCUGCCGAUUGGACUAAUGGAUGACGUUUAUGACUGGUGUGUCAAGGUUUUAGUCUCCUUCUGUACUUUUCAACUGUUUAAAGUUGUCUAGUUUCCUGAAAGAAUCGAUGAACUCGAAGAUAUGUUGACGGAGAAUCGGAUUUGGAAGGCGAGAACUGUUGAUAUUGGUGAGCUUUAAAAGGGAAAAGGAGGCAAAAAAGUUUCUCUUUAAUAAGAAAGAGAAUUUGAAUUUCUUCAUCGCGGAAGGCAGAAGAGAGCAGGGAGCGAAUGUUUUCAUAGACGCGUAGAACGGUAAAGGUUUUCGGAAGAUGAGAGAAACUCUAAAGUGCAAUGGGGUGGAGAUUUUUAUGAGAACUCAUUCUCUCAUCAUUUUAAACUUUGAAGUUUUUUAACGCUCAAAGAUAGUUCAACAGUAGGAAACAGUAACGAGAAAGAUUUUUUUCAAAGUAUAGACUAUGAACUUAGAGCUUCUAGCGUUGUGUUCAAAAAAAUGUAGUAAAUGAUUUUUUUGGGAAAGUUUCCCUGAAAAAUAAAUUCCCACUUUUUCGCAACUAUUAUGAAAAUUCUGCAAAAAAUGCAAGUUGAAAAGCUUAUUUUAAAAAAAAGGAAGGAUUUUUUCCAGGUCUUGUUUCGGCCAAAGACGCUUUGAACUGGGGAUUCACUGGCGUAAUGGUCCGCGGAUCUGGGAUAAAGCAGGAUAUUCGAAAAACUCAGCCUUAUGAUGCCUAUGAUCAAGUGGAGUUUGAUGUUCCGAUCGGAACGAAAGGCGAUUGUUAUGAUAGGUUUCACUUUUUUUUUUAGCCAUUUGAAGACUAAACGAAAAAAAAAGUUGUCGGUAAAGUUUUGAGUUCGUUUUCUCAGAUACUUGUGCCGAGUUGAAGAAAUGCGACAGUCUCUGAACAUUAUCCGUCAGUGUUUGAACAAAAUGCCCUCUGGAGAAGUCCGCGUCGAUGAUCACAAGGUUGUAGCCCCGAAACGGGCCGAAAUGAAGGUUUUAUUAUUCCUCCGUAAUUUAAAAUCUCCGACUUUCCUUGCAGGAAUCCAUGGAAUCUCUUAUUCAUCAUUUCAAAUUCUUCACCGAAGGGUUCCAAGUCCCUCCUGGAGCCACUUACGUGCCGAUCGAAGCCCCGAAAGGAGAGUUCGGAGUUUAUUUAGUGGCUGAUGGAACCGGCAAGCCUUACAGGUGAGCAUUAUUAUUUUUUUGAAGUUUACUGAAAAACCAAAUUUUUUUUUCUCAGAUGUUACAUCAGAGCCCCUGGAUUCGCUCAUCUUGCUGCUAUUCAAGACAUUUGCUACAUGUCCCUUAUUGCUGAUAUUGUCGCUGUGAUCGGUACGAUGGAUAUCGUUUUUGGUGAAGUCGAUCGAUAG